ACAAAAAUUGAGUUAGCCAAUCACACAGCCAGAUGGUCAACAAGUCAACUUCUUAAUGCCAACGAGACUUUGCUUUUUCUUAAUCAAAUAUUGGUGGCAUUGUAAUGUCAUCAUUAGCAAGUACUUUAUAACUCACCUCAUUUUUCUCACAAGAAACUCAUCCUAAUUUCCAAGAAUUUCCAAUUCCAUCUUUGCAAAAAGGCAAUCAAAGAUGAAGAAUACUCUUGGAAGUAGCACAAAGUUAAUACUCCUUCACCCUUAUAUCCAAAAGCAGGGGAGUUCAAAUCGUUUUUGGGCUUUGGCUUUUGUGUCAUUCUUGACACUUGCUUUUCUUCUUACUCUGAUUUAUACGAGGGAGUCUAAAAUCACGACCUCUAUAGCUGUUGCGUCUACAAUUACUAGUACAAGUACCCCACCAUUGUCAAAGGCUGUGGCUAGGGCCUUGGUCCAUUAUGCAUCAAAUUCGAAUAAUACAGAACACAUGUCUUACACAGAUAUCAAACAUAUUGCUGAUGUUCUCCAAAAAUGUUCUCAGCCUUGCAAUUUACUUGUUUUUGGACUUACUCACGAGACCCUUCUCUGGAAAGCCCUGAAUCACAAUGGCAGAACGGUUUUUAUCGACGAAAAUCGAUAUUAUGCUGCUUACAUUGAAGAAAAAUACCCAGAAAUUGAAGCUUAUGACGUGCAGUACACAACUAAAUUGAGUGAAAUGAAGGAAUUGAUUGCAGGAGUGAAGGAACAAGUUCGAAACGAAUGCAAGCCCGUGCAGAAUUUGCUGUUUUCGGAGUGCAAACUCGGGCUAAAUGACUUGCCAAAUCAAUUUUAUGAGGUGGAUUGGGAUGUGAUUUUGGUUGAUGGUCCAAGAGGAUACUGGCCCGAGGCACCAGGCCGAAUGUCAGCUAUUUUCACUGCUAGCGUAUUGGCGCGAAGCAAGAAAGGGGGAAAUCCAAAGACGCAUAUUUUCGUGCACGAUUUUAAUCAACAAGUGGAUAGAAUUACAAGCGACGAGUUCUUAUGCAAAGAGAAUUUGGUUAAAUCUAUGGACAUGUUGGGGCAUUUUGUGUUGGAGAGAAUGGAUGCAAACAGCUUUCAAUUCUGUCGCAACCAUAACUCAACAACAGCAAAUUCGUAUUCUUAGCAGAUGUUUAUGUUGUUAUGAUCUAUCGGCUUUAUUUUCUGUUUCAUUUUAUUUAAAGAUAUUGCAAAUUUUUGGAUUUGUUA